GAUCACCUGAUUGACAGGACUGGCAGCAGCUACUGGAUAAACAUGGCGUCUGUCUCAGGCUGUGGACGGUCGAGCUAGUGAUUUUUACCUCCCAAAAAUCUUUUUAUUUUGUGCUUCUGUCGCUUCUUAGUCAUAAAUGCCGCGAUGGUAACGUUAGAUAAACGCGUUACAGUACAAACGGGAGGACAGAAGGCGCCUUGUUCUCUGUGUUUUAUGUGAGAAGAGGAUAAUUGAUGUGAUGUUUAAUGUGAGAAAUGUUUUUUUACUGAACAGGUGUUUAUUUUGAUUCAGAAAUCUUCUGUGGACUAGAAGGACCCUCCUAGUGAGUCUUUAUUUUUUCUUUUUCUGAUGAAGUGAGCUCCGUGUGAGAGCAGGAUGGUGGCUGGCCGCUCAACAACUGGGCUCUGACAGCGGGUUUUGAUGGUGCUUCUCAUGCCUCGCUCUGCGGCACCACUAUGAUCGGCUCACCUGACUUGGUGGCUUUGACCAAAGACGAUGAGUAUGGGCAGACAAAUCCUGACCCCUGGGCUCUGCCCGAGGACUUUUCCAUUCCACUCCACCCACUGGCUGACUCCAAUCCCUGGGCCAAAACCUCCUAUGCCAAAUUCACUAAAGACUUCAUCCUCAUCUCUGAGUUCUCGGAGCAGGUGGGACCUCAGCCUCUCCUCACCAUUCCUGAUGAUCCAAAAGUGUGUGGAACCUUUGAUCUUAACUACUUCUCUCUGCGGAUCAUGUCAGUGGACUACCAAGCGUCCUUUGUGGGCCAUCCACCUGGCAGUGGCUACCCACGGCUCAGCUUUGUGGAGGACUCGAGAGUGGUGUUGGGUGAUUCAAAGGAGGGGGCGUUUGCCUACGUCCAUCAUCUGACACUUUAUGACUUGGAGGCAAGGGGCUUUGUACGGCCCUUCUGCAUGGCAUAUGUUUCAGCAGAUGAGAGGAAAAUCAUGCUGCAGUUUCACGAACUGUCGCUCCACUUCUCCCGGGCAUCUGAGUGUUUGAAGGCUGGAAACAGGCGAGCUUUUGCCAAGGAAGUCCAAAGGAAGCUCAAAGAUCUGGAGUACACGCAGUCUGUGCUGCAGAAGGAGGAGGGCCUGCAGAGAGAGGCAGGGCCUCAGUGCAUGUACUCUGCUCAUGCUGUGGAGAAAGCUAAUGAGCUUGCAAAUGUGGAAAAGAGCAUCUACGAGCAUAAAGACCUGCUGAGACAGAUCACUUCUUACCCAUACCGUCCUCGUCGGGAUCCUCACGCUAUCACUUGCCAAAAGUGUAUGAACGAUUGCUUGACUGAAUGUGACGUGCUGGUAGACAAAUACAGCAAAAUUGCCAACCAUUUAAAUCACACAGAGAAAGGGGAAAAUGGAAAUGAGGUGGAUUGCCAAAUUGGCAAUGAAAGAGGUGCUGAAGAAGAGGAAGUGGAAAGUGAGGGUGUUAAACACAUGCCAUCUUAUACACCCCAGCUGAUCAAAGCCAAGUCUGCUAAAUGUUUCGAUAAGCGUCUGAAGACUCUCCAAGAGCUGUGUGAUGAGACCUUCUAUGAAGCCACAGUGGAGCUUCUGAAGGAGACUGAGAGGAGUUUUCGAGGGGACCUGUGCUACCUGCACACAUGCCGCUUGGCAAGGGCACUCUGCAGGAAACAGGGAGUUACCAGCUUCUUAUUUGAGGAAGACCACAGAGAAGAUGAUGGGUAUGAAGGUGAAACAUCAAGACCUUUCUGUGCUGUGAACCAUGCCAUAGAAAAUUUCACACUCCUACAUCCACCUUCCAUUGUCCUAGGAACUGAACAUUUGGAACUUGCAGUUUCUUUAGACCCUGUUUCAGAGACCAGUCACACUCAGGAAAGUGAACUUGGGCUUGAGAACCAUCUGGAUUCCUCCCUUUCAGAUCAUACUUUAGGAACCCAGGAGAGCUCAGAAGAGACAAAAAUAAGUUUUAGCAGUGACAAGAGCAGGAUGGAGAAGGUAGAGAAGCAGCAAAAUCUACCAUAUAUGAAGUCAGACCCUCCUGAUCCAGAUUCUGACUUAACCCCUGACCGUGACCAUAAUACUGACAUAGAGAGGGACAGCAGCAGUGAAGAAAUGGAAACCACUGCUGGGGAAGAUGAGUGUGAAAAUGAAGGAGACCAGACACCCAUCUCUUUGUUGGACAUUGUCUCUGAACUGGUCAGCAGGGAGGACGAGUGUGAGGGACAAGAGAAGACCCAGCAAGAGGAAGUAACUGAAGGGGUUUGUGAACUGGAGCCCGAGUUGUUGGUGCCAAUAGACACAGCAUGCUGUAUGGCCCAAGAAGGUUUCCUUUAUGAGGCAUCAUCAUCAGAUGCGGUGUCUGGUUUAGCCAAAAGCGCCACACAACAAUCCUCGAAAGCUCUGGUCAUCAACCAGGAGCCUGCAGCGCUUCUUCCACUCCAGAGUGACUAUACUGUAGGUUCUCCAUAUUCAGAAAGCCCCAGAGCUGGGCUGGAACUGCCUGUCGGGAUCCAUACAGAUGGAGUAUCUGGGACCUCUGCAGAGGAUGGAUCAGACUGCACCAUUAGUGCUUCUACAGGGUCUGAUCGGACUGCUUCGCCCCUCGGUUAUGGAGGGGUGGUGACCCUACGCCAGAAAAAGAAGGCUGGACAUGGAGCUCUAAGGUUUGUGCGGCAGUACCCCUUUGCAAUGCAGGCCCUGUGGUGUCUGCUGAGUGGCAGAACUCUGGUGGUCCUGGGAGCAGACGAGGGGCGAGUCCGCCGACUGGUUGGUGCUUUGGCCCUUUUUAUACCUGGUCCUGGGAAAUGUGGUGAAAGGAUUCAAGCUUGGCUGUCCUGUCCUUUUUCUUUGACUGACUUGCAACGAUGGAAACUCAUUGGAUUGCAAAGAGUGGCGUCCCCUGUUGGCUCAAACAUGAUUCACUCACUAUCCCGCUAUAGCCGCUACAUCUCCAUCUUGGACGCUGACCAGAAGACCUUACGCUGCCCUCCGUAUCGUGGCCAACUGCUUGCCAACAUAGCCGACCACCGCACCUUCAUCCGCCGUGGAUCCACCUACUUUCUCCAUGUUCAGAGCACACUUUGUAGCCUGGCUGCUAAAGCCUUCCUGUUUACAUUCACCCACCACCUCCACCUGCCAGUUGCCACCACGGAGGGGCUAGAGGGUGUGGAGAGCCGCCGGUGCAGCUUCCUGCAGGAGCAGCUGGGUCUGGGUGAGGACGACAGCAGGAUCCUACUCUACCUCAGCCAGCUCAUCACUCAGCACUACCUCCAGCCCGACACUGGGGGCAGCGCAGCGCCUCCUUGUUUUAGUUUUAACUACGCCAGCAGCGUUUUGUACAAAAUCUAAUAUUACACAGUAGGAGCGAUCUUUGCUCUUGCACACAUUUUUUCAUAGAAAUCAUCUUUAGUCGGACCAAACGGCAACGGACCGAGAGGUCAUUUUAGCUUCAGGACAAACUGCACUAUCUAUUGUUUUGUGUAUUUUCUGUCUGCCUCGCUGUAUUUUUCUUUAGUCUUGAUCUGUGUCCUUUUUGUGGCUUUUGUCCAAAUGUGUUCAUUCUGGAAUACACUACUUGAACUGCCCUGCAAAAUGUUAUGUGCACUGGCUCUGGAACAUUCCAGGCCUCCAUCUCUCUCACAUACACCUCUUUCUGAACUCCAGUGUGGAGAUGUUAUGAAGUAGGUAGGUAAACUGGCUGACCAUCAGUCUAAAUUAUAGCUGUUUUCGAUUACUUUCCCCCCAGCUAUGCAUUCUGUUGAUGUUUUGUCUUCAGAAAAGUUUCUUUCAUUAAAACCAGUCUUUUUUACAUUCUGUAUUCCUUUAUGCCAGUGGUUCUCAACCUGACCUACACAUUUUCCAUCUCUCUCUGCUUUAUACCGACAACACAUGAAGGCCAAAAUCUUACCUUAGCAUUUGUUCGUUCUUUUUCAGUUCAAUCUUUCAUCCACUUUCCCUUUAAAUCAUUUUGCAACACAUAUGAGUUAAUAUUCCUGCCAUGAUGAAUGAAUGUUUGAGCGCACAGUCACAACUGCUGUUUUGACUUUUGAAAGCACGGAGUAAAUGAUAUUGCCGAAAGCUGUUUGAGGUUAGGAGGCUCCUGCAUGAGGAAGUGUUAAAAUAUAUACAUAUAUCUAUGCUGUGUGACUUUUCGAUUCGGGACCAUGUGAUUGUUGCAUGUUCACCCCAAACGCUGUUGGUUAUAACCACUGGCGAGCAUCGGUGUGUGUAACCCAGUCAGGAAAGUUUCGAAGUUACCUAAACUAAAUGUAAUUAAUUUCACUGUUGUCUUAAAAGUUGAGUAUUGUGGUGUCAGCAUGAGACUGUCUUGUGACAGGGUGAAUCUGUAACUAUAAUCUGCUGUGUGAUGGACUGAUUUGGAAUGCAUUGUGGGCCAACGCACUGUUUGUUUUUACUUCCUGUGCCGUCAGAAACAAAGCUUUUAUUGUGGAACCUUAAUGAGGACAGUUUAUCUUUUAUCAUUGUUUAACACAAACUGUAUCUCGUCAUUCUGGUGCCCUAGGUGAACUCGAACAAGUCCCGCACCACCCCCCCAAAAAAGGAAAUGGCACUUCUCUAACUCGAUAGCUGUAAUGUAGUUAACUGGUGUAAUCACUCAGAACUGGCCCCUCAUAUCCAUUUAUCCUCAUUUCACUCAUGUUUGUUUUUAGUUGUACAUUAUUUUUGGGGGGUAGGCACCCAUUCAGCACCCUCCCUGCAGAUUGUGCUCUACAUGACCAUCUAGGUUGCCGAUUCCUAGAAUCACCUCUGCUCUUGGAUGACACUUUAAUAGGGAUAGACGUGCUGAAUUUGCUUAUAUUUUCUGUUGUGAUGAUGAACAGCUGAAACUUUAAAGUUCAUCAUGCAGGCCAGUGUAACAAUGGAGCAGCUUUGAUCAGGAUGUUCCUAUGGUACUUUUGGCUACAUGGUCAGAGAGAUUAUCUACGACUGACUUCCUAUUUUGAACAGUAAUUACAUUCCAGUGCGUACUUAUGUGUCACUGCAAACAGGUACUUCUAAUGUAUUAGAUCAUUGUGACAUUUUUAACGUUACUGUAUUAUUUAAAGUCACUGCACUUUGAACUGUUUAGUUUUUUUUUACAGCUUCACUUGCACGUUGUCAGUGAUUGUGCUGAAUGCAAAAAAAAUGUGAAUGUAAUCUGAAUAAGCUAUACCACAGUGUUGCCAUGUCAAGUUUAAGUGAACCUUCUGUGUGUAUCCCAUCACAAGAUGUCGGCUUCAUCAAGAUUCCCAGGAUAUUUAGUAAUUCACACUAUCUAAUUUAUUCUAUUAAGUUACUUGAGACCAAUUUUUUUUGUGUUGAUACCUGGUAAAAAGUGUUGAUUGUUAAUAUCACUGAGGUACAAUGCAACCUGCAGAUUAUUAAAGCUGAAAGUCGAACAGACUCGUCUGUCACUUGCUGUAGCAAUGACAGAUGUGUUAGCAUUUGAGAUGUCAUGAAUAAUAAAUGCUCAUCUGUG